GAGCCAUGGUGCUUUUUGCAGCGCGACAUGAGUCCCGUGACCUCCAUAGCCUCGUCGCGACAAAGGGGACGUGGAGCCCUUCUACCGUCCUCGCGCUCAUCUAUCCAGCUUCGUCGGCUGUCCAUGUGUUGUCAUUGCAUUGCAUUGUUCCUCAUCCAGUGAUCCGAGGACUGCUUCUCUCUCUGUUCCUGUUCGUUUGUUCUGUCGUUAGGUCUUGGUCGAUGUCUCACUCCAGCUCACCAUAGCCAUGCCUCGUUGAGGCUUUGCGCAAGAUGUGCCAAGCUUUCAUUACGAAUUACUGUAUUCAGCUUCUCGUUUGCAGCCUGUGAUUUCACCAAGUUCCAUCACGGCAACGGUUUGCCUGAAUACCUGUAGCUGUGCUACUGUGAUAGCCAUGAAUGAUCCCGAUUUCCGUCUGGGCCAACGAGUGUGCAUGAUUAAUGCGGGAAAGAGUCCUCAGAUCGGCACAGUUCGCUACUUAGGGACAGUGCAGGGUCAUGAAGGCGCUUGGGUGGGUGUAGAAUGGGACACCGAUGAAGGUCGCCAUGAUGGAUCUGUGAAUGGAGUCCGCUACUUUGAGACGAAAUCCCCGCUUUCGGGCUCUUUUGUGCGGCCACGAAGCUUGAGUGUAGGUGUUUCCUUGCUUGAUGCUAUUACUCUUCGAUAUAAGACCGUCGCAGCUUCCGAUUCGGAAUCAGAUGACAUGUAUGUGAUGUCAGUUCGUCAGCUGCGCGUCGCUGUAGAGCUUGUUGGAAAGGCGCAGGUUGAGGAGCGGCAGAGGCAUCUUGAAAACCUCAAAGUUGCGACGCUAACCUACGCAGGAGUAUGCUCUGCUGGACCUCUGGGGCAAGUCAGAGCAGCCUGUCCUAGCAUUACAGAACUUGAUCUCACCGGGAACCUCUUACCUGAUUGGCAUGAAGUUUCCCGCAUCUGUGAGGAGUUACCAGCUCUGCAAGUUUUGGACCUUAGCAGUAGCCGCUUAGCUCUGGAUUCCGCGAGCCCGUUUCUCGCACUAUCAAAUUUGACAACACUUGUUCUUAAUAAUUGUGCUUUACAAUGGACACAGGUGAAUGUGUUGAAAGCAUCUCUUUCCUGUAUUCAGGAGCUUUCUCUUUGUCGUAAUGAUAUGCAGGCGAUUGAGGCCGAUUCAGAGUCUUCAACACUAGAUGAGCCUUAUGUGAGCGGCUUUGAUUCACUUCGGUUACUGAACUUAGAUGACAACAACUUUGAGAGCUGGCAUGAGAUUUUAAAGCUUUCUCGACUGAAAAGCUUGGAGCAGUUGAAUUUGAAUGGAAACAAACUGCUGCAGAUAUUUUAUCCUGAUCCAUUUGGUAAAGGUGACGACGCCUCCGCAACAUCGAAGGGAGAGUGCCCAGUUACUCCGUUUCCUACAUUGCGCUGUCUGCUUCUAGGUCGAAAUAAAUUAUCGGACUGGUCUUCAAUAGAUGCACUUGACCGGUUUCCAUCGCUUCAGGAGGUGCGUCUUUCAGAUAACCCAAUUACCGUCCCAGGGAAUGGAAUGGCGACACGUUACAUGAUUGUGGCUCGUAUAGGGAAGCUAUCCAGCUUGAAUGGUAGUGAGGUGAAACCAAGGGAAAGGCGAGAUUCUGAAAUAAGAUAUGCUCGACAUCUGCUUAUGAACAUGCAAAUGAGUAGCAUCAGUGAUAUUUCCAAAGCCCAUCCCCGGUUCGAACAUCUGAGGGUGUUGCAUGACAUCCCAUUGGAUCUGCAGAGAGGAGGAACUAUCUCAGCUACACAGAAGAUGUCCAGUUCCCUGCUAUCUGUGAACAUCGUCUGUGUCGCUGCUUCAGUUGGGGAAAAAGCUCCUGUUGUGAAAAAGCUUCCAAGCUCAACUACGGUGGGCAGGUUGAAGAUCGUUUGUGAAUCAAUUUUUAAGGUCAAAAGCAGUCGCCAGAACCUAUUUUAUAAUGACCCGGACUCUCCUUUGCCCACUUCACUGGACAAUGAUAUGGAUACAUUGGCAGAUAUCGGUAUUGCGCCUGGUGGAUCUAUACUGGUGGAUGAACUGCAAGGUUGAUAUUCAAGUCCGUGAGUACUGAAAUACCUAACCCGUGCAUGCGUUAAGAUCGUCAUGUAUCUUAUUCCGUGUGGUACCCAUGUCAGAAAGGUAUGUAUGACCCGGAGGCGAAAGUUUUUAAGCUGCCUGACCUUUGCAUUGCUCAUAAAAUUUUGAAAUUGCCUUCUAGGUUCAGUUGGAAAUGUGUUGCGUGCCUGAGAUCGUUACUGCAGAACUGCAAGAAGCUUUUGAACUUGAGGUGCACUCGAAGCAACUUCUUGCAGGAAGUGUGUCUAUGCUUGUAAAUUAUUGUCAUAUGUAUAUCAUAUGUAUGUGUAACCGUCACGUUUUAAGAAGCUUCGAUCACGAUUUAUUUC